AGUAGCUGCCAAGUCCGUGGAUGACCUGCCUGCUUUCACCAGAGGCUUCCCCGCAGUCCCGCCUUGCACCGAGCCGGAGGCCUGCCCUUGCCACGCCCUUGGUUUCCUGUUCCCACGGCCUGGUGGGCAAGUUUGGAUUUGCGGGGCAGGGGAAAGGCCCCGUUUGCUCCAUCUGGAAAGCUGAAGCCAUUGCUGAAUCUAUCUAUAUACAUUCUGUGAGGAAAAGGACUAUCCCCAGUCAUAUCAUGCAACUAUCGUCCAUGCCUUAAAAAUAAGCAACAUGUGGAAAAUUUACAAGAACCAAUUUUACAAAUUUUGUACAAAUAUUCAAAAAUUUAUCAUCCAGAAGACCUACAGCAUUUUGCUCGGCUCAUAGGGAGGCUGAUGGAACUGAGGACACUCAAUCACAGCCAUUCAGAAAUACUUAGCAUUUGGAAAACAAAGGACCCCAAAUUGGCUAGUUUACUCUCUGAGAAAUGGAAUCUGAAUUCAAAUUGCUGAAACUUUAAAAUGUGGUGUGCCUUAAAAUUCCUAAAUCUAGGUUACUGUAUCAUUAUAGGAUGACUGAUUUGAAAAACACGAGUGGCAUUACUAUAGUUCCAAUAUAGCACCAUAAAAUGGACAUCACCAGGACUCAUCAAUUUUGUGGAAUACACGGCCACCACUAGAGGGACAUCUGGGAUUCUUUUCAAUAUUGGAUUCAAAAGAAGCAACCGUUAUUGUUACUGAUGGUCUUAGGCGACUACAAGGGUCGUUUGACCGCCAAAGGGGUCGCGACCCACAGAUUGAGAACCGCUGCAGUAAGAGAAGCGUAGCACGUGACCAGGCCUCUCCGGACCCCCCAAGCCACAGCUGAGCCCUCGAGGACAGAAGUGGGUUUUCCACGCUCAGCUCCCACCCAUCACAGUGCCUGGGAGUUGAGAGCACGUGACCUGCACAGAGCGCCAGAAUACCGGAAAGAACCGGUUACUGACCCAAGGGGAAAUCUCGCGAGAUGUCAGCCGUGCGUGCUCACGUGCUCACGCGGUUGACCGUUAUUGACGGUUAUUUAACCGUUAAACCGCCCCCUGGCCUCGUCACAUCACUCCGUCCUGCUGUCCGAACAGGUGGAGCGGUGUCCCCGCCUUUUCUGAAGUUCGGAGGCCGAGGCCGACGUUCUGGUCGUCCCGACCAACCGCACGAGAGAAGAUGGAGAAACAGAAGCCGUUUACCCUGUUCGUGCCGCCGAGGGUGAGCAGCAGCCAGGUGUCCGCAGUGAAGCCGCAGACCCUGGGAGGAGAGUCCAGUUUCUUCAAGAGUUUCAACAAAGAUAUUGAAGAUGACACUUGUUUUCCAUUUGCAAUGACUAAUCUCUCCAAACAUGGGAAGAACAUUGAUUCAGAUGCUACUUUACAGAAAGUUAACUUUUUGCCCAUGCUUGAACAGGUUGAUAAUUCUGACAGUUGUCUUUACCAGGAAGGAUUAAAGGACUCUGAUUUUGAGAAUUCAGAGCCAAUGAGCAGACUAUAUUCAAAAUUGUAUAAAGAGACUGAAAGGAUUAAGAAGUGGAAAGUGAAUAUAGAAUCUGAACUGAAGCAGAAAGAAAAUAAGUUGCAAGAAAAUAGAAAGAUAAUUGAAGCACAGCGGAAAGCCAUUCAAGAACUACAGUUUGAAAAUGAAAAAGUAAGUUUGAAAUUAGAAGAAGGAAUUCAAGAAAAUAAAGAUUUAAUAAAAGAGAAUAAUGCUACAAGGCAUUUAUGCAAUUUACUGAAAGAAACCUGUACCAGAUCUGCAGAAAAGACAAAAAAAUAUGAAUAUGAACGGGAAGAAACUAGGCAAGUUUAUGUGGACCUAAAUAAUAACAUUGAGAAAAUGAUAAUAGCUUUUGAGGAACUUCGUGUGCAAGCUGAGAAUUCCAGACUAGAAAUGCAUUUUAAAUUAAAGGAAGAUUAUGAAAAAAUCCAACACCUUGAAGAAGAAUACAAGAAGGAAGUAAAUGACAAGGAAAAGCAGGUAUCACUGCUACUGAUCCAAAACAACGAGAAAGAAAAUAAAAUAAAAGAGUUAACAUUGCUGCUAGAAGAAUCCAGAGAUAGAGUGAAUCAAUUAGAAGAAAAAAUAAAAUUACAGGAUGAAAACUUAAAAGAAUCAAAUGAGAAGCACGAUCAUUUAACAUCAGAACUAGAAGAUUGUAAAAUGUCUUUGCAAAGAAGUGUGAGUACUCAAAAGGCUUUAGAGGAAGAUUUACAGAUAGCAACAAAAAAAAUACAUCAGCUCACUGAAGCAAAAGAAACUCAAAUGGAAGAAUUUAAUAAAGCUAAAGCUGCUAAUUCAUUUGUGGUUACUGAACUUAAAACUACCAUCUGCAACUUGAAAGAGUUAAUGACAACAGAACAUCAGAGAUUGGAAAAAAGUGAAGACCAAUUGAAAAUACUUACCAUGGAGCUUCAGAAGAAAUCAAGUGAACUGGAAGAGAUGACUAAACUUAACAAUAACAAAGAAGUAGAACUUGAAGAAUUGAAAAAAGUCUUAGCAGAAAACCAAAAGCUUUUAGAUGAAAAGAAACAGUUUGAGAAGAUUGUUGAAGAAUUAAAAGGAACAGAACAAGAACUAACCGGUGUUCUUCAAACCAGAGAGAAAAAAGUACAUGAUUUGGAAAUUCAAUUAACUACCAUUGCCGCAAGUGAACAACAGUAUUCAAAACAGGUUAAAGAACUGAAAACUGAGCUUGAAAAUGAGAAGCUUAAGAAUACUGAACUAACUGCAAGCUGCAACAAGCUUUCAUUGGAGAACAAAGAACUAGCACAAGAAACAAGUAAAAUGGCCUUAGAACUUAAUAAACAGCAAGAAGAUAUUAAUUGGUGGCAGCGGGCCUGCUGCUCUUGUUUCUGCUCUGAAAGUGUGGUAUUCGCUGUUUCACAGAAUGAACUGGAAUCUGUGAGAGAAGAACUAAAGCAGAAAGGAGAUGAAGUUAAAUGUAAAUUGGACAAGAGUGAGGAAAAUGUUCGAAGCCUUGAAUGUGAAGUUUUAAAAAAAGAUAAACAAAUGAAGAUAUUAGAAAACAAGUGUAACAAUUUAAGGAAACAAGUUGAAAUUAAAAGCAAGAAUAUUGAAGAAUUCCAACAGGAGAAUAAGGCCUUAAAAAAAAGGGGUACAGCAGAGACGAAGCAACUGAAUGUUUAUGAGAUAAAGGUCAAGAAAUUAGAGUUAGAACUAGAAGGUGCCAAACAAAAAUUUAAAGAAAUGUCUGACAGCUAUAAAAAAGAAAUUGAGGACAAAAAGAUAUCAGAAGAAAAUCUUUUGGGAGAGGCUGAGAAAGCCAAAGUAACAGCUGAUGAAGCAGUACGAUUACAGAAAGAAAUUGAUAUACGAUGUCAACAUAAAAUAGCUGAAAUGGUUGCGCUUAUGGAAAAACAUAAGCACCAAUAUGAUAAAAUUGUUGAAGAAAGAGACUCAGAAUUAGGACUUUAUAAGAGCAGAGAACAAGAACAAUCAUCAGUGAAAGCAUCUUUGGAGGUUGAACUAUCCAAUCUCAAAAAUGAACUUUCGUCUAUUAGGAAACAACUUGAAAUAGAAAGAGAAGAAAAAGUAGAAAAACUCAAAAGACAGGUAAAAGAAAACGCAGUUACUCUCAAAGAAAAAACUGACAAAAAAAUACAGACAUCUUUAUCGGAAACACUUACAACCAGUUAUCGGAAAUUUGAUCCUAAAGUAGCUCCUUCACAAAAUAUAUCUCGAAACUUCACAUCAGCUGAUUAUGGCAAACCCAAAGAAAAAAAAGACAAUCUGAGGACACCUGCCAAAAGUACUUUAUCUGAACCAUUACCAAAGGCAUAUACUGUGAAGACACCAACGAAACUAAAAAUUCAGCCAAGAGAAAACAAGAAUGCACCCAUUGAAGAGAAUACUAAAAAGAGAAAAAUGGUCUUUGAGUUUGAUAUUAAUUCAGAUAGUUCAGAAUCUGCUGAUCUUCUGACCAUGGUUUCAGAGGAAGAGACAUUGAAAAAGCUAGGCAAGAAUUAUUCUUCAACAACUUCUCAUUUUUGUGUCAGAACACCAAAAAAGACCCCUUCAUCUCUAACAGCCCUUGGAUCUGCGCCGAAAUUCGGAGCUAUGAGGAAAAUGCGGGAUGACCGUUGGGCUGUGAUUGCUAAAGUGGAUAGGAGAAAAAAACUAAAGGAAGCAGAAAGGCUAUUUGUUUAAUUUCAGAAAAUCAGUGUGAUUAAGGAGGCUAAUAACAAAAUUCAUAGUUAACUUUUUCUCACUUUAUAAAGAGCCAAUUUUUUUCUGUAAUUGAGGCUUUUUAAUGUUUGCAUACAUUAUUUAUUUCUUUAUAUUUUUGUGUAAAUGUGAAAUAACUACAUGU